CGUAUGGCGCACCAUAUAAGACAAACGUCUGAGGUACAUAGAUUGAGCAUCUGUGUGACAAAGAUGAUAUGGCGAAGAAAGAUGACGUCUACGUCCCUCUGAUCGCCAAAAGAUCUGAUCUGAAACCACUGGAGGGCAAAUAUUGGACCAGAGGUGAAAGGAAGCAAUGGGCAGGUGGUUUAUUUAUAGGAUGUGCAGUCCUGUAUGCAUGUCGGACUGUGACUCCAUUGUGUGUGUCAGCCAUGGCCAAAGAAAUGGGGUGGGAUAAAACGCAGUCGGGAUCGGUUCUGUCCUCUUUUUUCUGGGGUUACACCAUGACACAGUUCCUUGGUGGUUAUUUGGCUGACAAGAUUGGGGGAGACAUCAUUUUGCCCAUAGUAGCAGUGUUUUGGUCUAUGAUAACAUUCUGGACUCCACAACUUGUUUACCUGUCAACAGAUAAAUACCUCACUAUUCAGAUCAUCAUUAUAUCUCGAGUUUUUCUCGGCAUGUUCCAAGGUUUCCAUUAUCCCAGUUUUAGCUCCAUUAUAUCCAGGAAAGUUUCUGAGCAGGAGCGAUCCUUCACUUAUAGUUUUAUUUGUUCUGGAUCUCAUUUAGGUACUUUAUUGUGUGGAAGUAUUGGGUCUCUUUUGUUAGAGAGCUUUGGAUGGCAGAGCGUAUUUUAUUUUAUUGGACUGUGUAGUAUAUCGUGGAUGCUGUGCAUGCGGUACUUAAUUAUAGAAAAACACAGGAAGAAAUAUCUACAGCCUCCAACAUUCUCAGUCAGCGACAACACUGUCCUGGCAGAAAAAUUCCCCGAGAAGAAAUCGGUGCCAUGGUUAAUACUAUUUGUUAAGCCUGCCUUCUGGUCUCUGUUAGUGGGACAUUUUUGUGAGAACAAUGCCUUUUAUAUUCUCUUGUCGUGGUUGCCAACGUACUUUCAUGAAAAUUUCCCAGAUGCCAAGGGCUGGGUGUUUAAUGUGGUGCCAUGGGUUGUGACGAUGUUUAGUUCCAUCUUCAGCGGCUGGCUCGCUGACUACAUGUUGGGUAGAGGAUGGAGUGUGACAUUUGUUAGAAAAUUUAUGGAGUCUAUUGCAUUGUGUGGUACAGCCUCUGCUUUAGUACUUUUGUCCUACACCAGUACUUAUGGGGCUGCCCUGGUGUUGAUGGCUAUCGCGGUCAUGUGUUGUGGUUUCCAUAACAGCGGAAUCCUCGUGAAUCCCCAGGACAUCGCCCCAACACAUGCUGGAUCUGUCUUUGGGAUAAUGAAUAUGGCAGGUGCUGUGCCUGGGUUUGUUGGUGUGUACAUGGCUGGACAUAUCCUGGAAGCCACUAAGAGCUGGGGAGCAGUGUUUAAUCAGACUGCAGGAGUGUGCAUGUUUGGAUGGCUGGUUUACAUGAUUUUUGGGACUGGAAAGCAGAUUGUAUGAACAGCAGUGUCUGUGCUUUGUGAUAAAUGUGUAUACUAGUGUUUGUGUAUUAUGAGUGCCUGAUGAAAUGAAAUAUUUGUUGAUAAUGCAUGAUUGGAGAGAGAGAGAGAGAGAGAGAGAGAGAGAGAGAGAGGGAGGGAGGGAGAGAGAGAGAUCUAAGAAGUAAGAUGUAAAAGUGAAGUUUAGAAAUGUACAUCUGUGAUCAUUCGACAUUUUACUCAUAUUUCUGAGAACAUUGCAGAUAUUACUUGAAAGAAUUUUAAAACUUUCAAAAUCAUCCUUUGUUUCCUCAAGUUACAAGUAUUUUGAGUAAGUAUAAUAAGUUUUUUUGUUAAAAAUUUGAGCACUGUGAAAGAAAAUUUUCAUCCUGUAGCAAUAUUCUAUAAACAGUAACAGACCUUCAGGUAGAUAUGUACCAGCUUGUCUUAGUUAUCAUUGAGGCAGUCAGAAAGCAAUGUAUAUGAUUAAGACUAAGUAUGUGGUAUAGAUAUAAGAUGCAUGUUAAGUGCAAUGCAAGUUAUUUUGAUCAGGCGACAAUUUUCUACAGUGAUGAGGAUUAAUACUUGCAUAUGACCUUAAGGGCAGUGGAUAUGUGAAAGUUCUGUUGAAAAAAUGUCUAUAUCUUCAUUAAAUUCUAGAUCCAGCUUUGGAGCAGAAUUAAUAGAAUUCACAUGGAUACAAGAGGAAAAAAUUUUCACUGAAAUGUGUUUCAGCAGAAUGGUCUGAAUAAAUUAUUUUACAAAUUUCCAUAUUAAACUUUUUUUUUUAGUAUCCACUGUUCUUUAUGAAGGUGAGAAUCACUGUGCUCAAAUGUGUAAAUCUGGUAUUUGAAAUGUCACCUGGGUAUUGUAAAAUACUUGUACAUGUAUGACUAUGAGGGAAAAAAAAUAGGAGAGAUUUUACCCCAGGGCAUGUUAUUAUAGUGAAAAGAAGCUGUUGUGUAAUUAUUACGUAUAUCUCGCGCCUGUAUACGCUUGCAUUGUGCUUGACAUGUGUCUUGAUAUCAGCAGAACUUGUAAGUUUUAUAUAAGAAUGCAGAUAUUGGAAGGUCAACCACACAACAGCUUCAUAACAGAAAAGGUUGCAAACUUUAGAAGUAAAUAAGGAUUAAGUGAUCUGUAUCUCUCCUAGGUAAAGACAAUUAAGAAAGGCUUGGAUCAGAAUACCAUAUUAAAUGUAAAAACAUUGAGGUCACGCAAGUAUUGGUAACUAUUAAAGUAUCUAGUAUAUAUUUGUUUUAGAGGUGAAUUUCUAGAUGAUCUGACUUCAGUCCACUUUUAGACAUCUUUGAAUGGUUUUGGGAGGUGACCCUGCCACUAACUUCCCUCAUUUCCUGUGCGAGAGGUUAAUGGCACCAGGGUCUUUUAUCUAGUCAGCAAUCAAACUUUGUGUGGAGGAUCACACAUACUGAUUGUAAGUCCGUAUUAUCAAUCUCUGCCCUGGAUUUAAAGGCAGCAGUGGGACAAUGGAAAUUCUGGGAACCUUGGAGAAAAAUUCUAUAGUAACCAUUCACCAAGUGUUAAUCUAACGGGGUUUGUUUAUUGGAAUAUUAUAAUGAUAGACUUAGCAGUAUAAUUACAUGUAUAUUUUGAUAUGUAGGGUUAUUUAAAAUGCAGUAGGGGUUAAUUGUUCAAAACAAUGUCUAUACGCCCAAACCAAAUGCCUACACCAUAGUACUAGAUGAGGGUUUCAUACUAAUAGUGGGGUAUCAAAGAUUGGAGAGUCUAUACUUGUACCCAUAUGUUAAUGUCAUGUUGGGAGUCAUUUUGGGAAACUUGCACUGUUAUUAAAUAUUAAUGCGACAUUUCAUGAUUUGUUUUUACUGUAGUAACUCACAAUUAUUGAAUUAUUUACACACUAUUAAUUUAUAUAGUUGAUGAUACUAAUGUUGUGUAAUACGUUGACAUUUUAUAUGUCUCUGUACCGUAUAAUGUUGUACACCGUCCCUUUAUUGUACAGGUAAUGAGGUCAUCAUUUUAUUGACCAAGAUAACGCCGUAAAGUUAUGUCUAAGUUGUCUUUAAUCAAUGUGGUUUUAUGCAAUAUGUUAUUAUGGGGGAACUCCAGCUGUUAAGAAAAUCUGAAUUGUGUGGAAUUUUUCUUUAGUUGCUCAAUUGUUCUGCAAUAUUGACGAGAAGUGAUAUUUUCGUAAUAACUAUAUUUUGAAAUAUUAUAGAAAAGCAAUGUAGUUUUGCAAAUUGUGUAUCCAUUUUUGGGCACGUCAUACAAUCAUUUUGAGUUGAGAAUAACCGUAAGGGGAAGAUUACGUAGUAACUUAAUUCCCACCACGCCCCGUUUACUUUUGAUUUAUUGCUAGUUUACAUCGAUUGGUCUGCUUUGAAGUACUAUACGUCAGUGCACCUUGGUCACUUUAAUUAACGGCACCAGAGUGUUAUUUAAGGAUUAAGAAAAUCUGUUCCUACUAAUCAUCAAGGUUUCAUAAAAUGAAUGUACAAAGAUUUUCAAUUAAGGAGGUACUCUACAUCGUCAUAAUGGCUGACUUCCUUUUAAAACAUGGAUGAAAAUAUAAAUAUUAGCAAUAUUUUUCUAUUCAUUUAAAAUAUACUUGCCUAGCUCAGUAGGUUAGCACGUCGACUGCUGAAUUGUAGAUCGCGUGUUCGAGUCCAGCAGGGGUUUUCAAUUUUUCUCAAGAUUGCUUUCAACUAAAACUAUUUUUGACCAAAUAAAGUAAAUUUGAAAGUUUUCAAUUUCGAAAUAUUAUUGUACAUAUCCUCCAAUUUUCAUCCAUAUCAAAUUUCUCUGGUGUAGCUUACCUCCUUGAAAAUAUGUACCGAAAGGUAGUCGGCCAUUAUUCAAAGUUUUAAUCACAAAAUCAGGGAGAGUUCUGACAAUGAGAUAACUUUUGAAUAAUAUUCAGCCCUUUAUUAACGAGUAUGAAGAGCAGCUUGCUUAGUAAAUCUACAAAUAUAAAUGAAAAUCCUGAGAUCGACAUUCGUUCAACAACAACAAAAAUGUAAAUGUUAAUGUGUUGAAAUUGUGCAUUGUUUUUAAAAUACCCCGGUCAUUUAUUCAACCUCGAAUGUCUUUUGCAGUAAAUAUUAUACGUUAUAUUGUUUUGAUUAUACUUGUACUUACGCAUGGAAAAUAAAACAUGUCUAAUGUA